GCGCAGUGCGGCGCCCGGGCGCCGGCGGCGGCGGGUGGGGCGGCCGUGGCCGCGGUCAGGCAGCGGCCGGCGGCGCCGCCCGCGGUUUGGCACCGUAUCUCCCUCUCCGGCUGCGGGGACACCAGGAGGCAUGGUGGGCUAUGACCCCGAGGCUAAGUGCGUCUCCGCGGUGGAAGCAGCUGCAGCAGGAUCAGCAUCUGGGUUCGUCACUCGGGUCCUUGUCAGUCCGCUGGAUGUCAUCAAGAUCCGCUUUCAGCUUCAGAUCGAGCAGCUCUCCUCCAGAAGCCCAGGGGCUAAGUAUCAUGGCAUCCUGCAAGCUGUACAGCGCAUCUUCCGAGAAGAGGGGUUGAGAGCCUUCUGGAAGGGACAUGUUCCUGCUCAGUUGCUUUCAGUUGGCUAUGGAGCUGUUCAGUUCAUGGCGUUUGAAAGCUUGACAAAACUGGUGCAUAACGUCACCUCAUACAAUGCCCGCGAUUCCUUUGUGCACUUCGUCUGCGGAGGACUGGCUGCUUGCACAGCCACUGUUGCAGUUCAACCUGUUGACACGCUACGCACGCGCUUUGCUGCUCAGGGUGAGCCUAAGAUCUAUUGCAACCUUCGCCAUGCAGUGGUGACAAUGUACCAGACAGAAGGGCCUCGGACAUUCUAUAGAGGUUUGACUCCCACAAUCAUUGCUAUCUUCCCGUAUGCUGGUCUCCAGUUCUCCUCCUACAACAUCCUGCAACGGUUUUCUGAAUGGGUGAUUCCAGCUGAAGGCGAGAAAGGAGGCAACGUUAAAAACCUUGUUUGUGGCAGCUGUGCUGGAAUCAUCAGCAAAACCCUCACUUACCCUUUUGACCUGUUCAAAAAACGACUGCAAGUGGGUGGCUUUGAGCAUGCUCGGGCAGCCUUUGGGCAGGUACGGAUGUAUAGGGGUCUCCUGGACUGCAUGAGGCAGAUCCUGCGAGAGGAGGGCCCGGGUGGAUUCUUUAAGGGCCUUUCGCCCAGCUUGCUGAAGGCUGCUCUCUCUACUGGCCUUAUCUUCUUUUGGUACGAGCUGUUCUGCAGCCUCCUGUGUACCCUGAAGAGCACCGACAGCACUACGAGGAAGGAAGGCUGAAAGGGGCAUGUAUGUGGCUACCCGGUGUUCUCCCGGAGGAGGGGAAACUGAUGGCCUCGCUCUGUCAUGAGCACGUGGGAAAUGUCAGAGCUCCCAGAGCUCCACCAGCCUGUAGGAAAUCAUCUCCUGGGACCAAGCAGAAGGAGAAGGCGACUGCAGUUCUGCUGAAGACACUGAACUGCUUUGCUGGAAGCUGUUCAACUGAGCACUUUUUUUCUCAGUCUCCUCUAAUAUCAGCACACAUUUAGUGGGAGGAGUGAGGAACCAAGCAGACAACUAGAGGCUGUGCUCUGAAAAGGCACCCCAUGAAGUGGGUGAAUUCCUGUGCUUGCCCUGGAUCACAGAGAGGGAUCCUGGCCUAAGUGCUGCUUCAACAAUGUCACGUCACUUCCUGUCGCUGCAUCCACACAGCUUUAUUUCCUUGCUUAUGGCCUGCUGUUUGCACCAUAUUCUUUUCUCCGUCUUGCACAGGCAGCUCUGUCCUGCUGUUGUGAAGUCAGUUAAAACCUCUUUAGUGUGCACAGAACUGCGGGUUUUCCUUUUACUUGCUGUCAGCUGGUGCUUCUUGAUUACCACUCGCUGGCUGCACAUUCUCAGCCACCUUAAACAGAAUAUUCUAGUGGAUCACGCUGACCCAAACUUUCUCUUUCUUUAACUCUGGUUAGCUUGAUUGUAUCCUAAGUGCCCAUUUAUCUUCCUGCAUGUCUUGCCAUACAUCUCUUAGGGUUUUGCAUUGCCUCUGUCACGCUUUUUACCUGCAGGUUAAGAAUCCCACUCGAAGGGGAUUCAACGCACAAGCCCAAUUCUUACUUCAGGGUUCUUUGCUUCAAUGCAGUGAGUAGCCAAAUGCUGUGUAGAGUUUUAGAAAUAUUUAGUCUUAAGUUGGAAUAAUGAAGGAAAAGUCCUGUGGAAACUAGUAAAUGUCUUUUUUUUUUUUUUUUAAUACCACCUUUGAAUGUUUCUAGCAAGUAUUUCUGUAGUGACCUCAAAACAUUUCUGAAACUCAGUCCUACACUGGUGCUAACAGAUAAAAAUGUUUUGACAAGUUUAGCUGGAGUGAGGAGAGUGAACAUCAAACUGGAAUUGGUUGGCUUAGCGUGGUGUUUGACGAGAAAUGGAUGAUUGAAUUAGAGCUGGAAAAGCAUUUAUCUGGAGUUUCAAAGAUUUUGUGAAUGGUUAAAAAAAAAAUCCCAACUCCUCUGAUUAUGCAACAGGGCAAAAGGAAAACUACUUUCUUCCUCCUCUUUUAUUCUGUGUUUUUUCAAGCUGAGCAGGGUGUGGCUGGACCAACGUGUGGAAGGCAGACUUCCGAGGAAGAGCUGCUGUGAUAAAAAAGCAUCUUAGUCAUCUGGCAAGCGGUGGAUAGGGCAGAGCACUGGAGUUAUUUAGAGGAUGGUUUGAUGGCUCUUCUCUUAACGGAGAGCUUUUCGUGGCUCUUCUGCAAUAUUCAGGGUAUUAGUUCCAAGUGGCUUGGCCAAACUCCAGCGUGACCAAUUCCAUUCUGUUGACACAACUUCUCCUGGUGGUUUUGAGCAUAUCAGCAUUGCUCACUUGUCCUGAGCUAUUGUGAGAGGCUGUUUUUAAAGAGCAGCUGUUUCACUGGUGGCUGAGAUGUCUAGAGAGAUUCCUCGCAAGCCCAGGCCACGUAACUUUGUGUCUGCUGUGGUUUGAGAUCUUGGAGUGCACAGUGGCUGUUUCACUGCAGGUGACUUUGAGAGCUACAUAAAAUUAAAUUCACUGAGCAGUGCCAGGGUCAGGCAGGAGGCUAAUACGUGAGCCUCGAAGAGGGAGUGAUAGCUGCAUGUACUCUAAAAAUGGGCAGUUUUGCUUAGAGGAGAAAAUGCAAAGAAUGUGGAGUAAAGUUUCCUAAAGUGCCUCAAUCCUAUUGGCAUUUUCCUGUUAUUUAGGCUCUUGUGAGAUUUCCCCAAAAUGUCCUUAACAACAUUUUGCCUUUGUUCAUUUGUCAUCUGUUCUUGGAAAGACAUCAUAACCAGUAAUGAACUUAGCCUCAUGGCAUCCUUCUGAAGGAGAGAUUUUUGAAAUGGCUCAUUUCAAAACAGACAGAAACAGGUUGGGGUUCUUACUGUCUUUUGGCUGCUGGUAGAGAGGAAUGGUAUCAUGAUUAGCAGGGAGAGGACUGGCUGCAGUAGAAAAUUUUCUGUGCUGACCUAGUCUUCCAUAGGCAAUCGGGACUCAUCCAACCUGUCUAAACAUUGCAAGACUCUUGUUUUCCAUUUUAUGUCAGAGCUGCUGUUAAACUGCACAAAAUAGGAGGAAACUGGUUAGGAACUCAGCAGUGGGAAUUGCGGUCUCUGAAAUAGGGGGUGAGUUGCUUUGGUUGCCACAGUGGCAAAGAAUAGAGAACAGAAAACUGCUCUGCUAAAAUGAUGUUCGAGUGUGCCGUGGAGCUUGAGCUGAUGCAGGCAAACUGCUUUAGGAGCCUGCAACUUGGCUGCUCCGCAGAGAGGGCAGCAACGGAGAGUCUGGAGCAGCUUCAAGUGACUGAAUGUCGUGGGUGACUGGCUGUGAGACUGCACCAGAGUUUGCCCCUUGGGAUGGCUGGGAUUUCGCUCGCAUGUAAUCCUAUCAGCAGGGAUUUGCCUUGCCUGCAAGUCACCUCACAAGCCGCUCAGCAGUUGCGUUUGUUUUCUGCUAGUGCCUUUUACCAUCAGAAUAAAGCACUUUAGUGGGCAAAGCAUUCAAGGCAAGUUGCAGUGUGGUUGUUGGGAGAUCCACCGUUGCUCUUAGCUGGCCUCAGACGGGAGAACAUUGACGCACAAGUUGUGUGCUGAACACACUGUGUCCUACUCUCAGGACGCUCAUCCAGAGCUGCAUAGCAGCAUUUUUGAAAAUAAUUGAACGUUUUACAGUCAGGCUUGGAAGAGAUUGUAUUCGAUUUGGGUUUAAGUUUCUCUUGUGAUGUAGAACUGUAAUUUUCUGCGGCAUUUUGCUGUGUUGCCUGGGUGGAUCUUCUGCAGCUGCUGUUGUCUGAAAGCACCCGAGCACAAUGCGCACAAUGCGUGCCUGCCUUUGAGAAAAGGUACAUUAAAGAUUUUGUUAUGCUCA